AUGCUGUUGCAAUAUACGCUACAAACGAUUUUGAUUCUUCCAAGCACAGCAGCAUUAUUGUUGGCUGUAUGCUUGCUAUCUCUCCAAUUAUUUGUUGUCCCUUUGCAUUUUCUGCCGGAUGCCGUUGUCACCCGAUUAAGGCGAUCUCGUGCAUCACACUGCAACUCGCUCGUGUCAACUGAUGCUUCCCUUGUCAAAUCAUACGAUUAUGUUAUAGUUGGAGGUGUGUGUGUGUAUGCGCUCCAGAAUCCAAAAGCAUCCAUUUUAUUGCUCGAACCACCCCUUGAAUACCGCUCUUUGAUAUUCACGUUCUUUGCUGGAUUGGAUUUAGGUGUACAUCACAACGUACCCUAUUUUCGAGCUUACCCAUUUUAUCGAUCAACAUCUGCAGCAGAACUUGGACGUGGUUCACCCCAUGUACGGCGAAUCAUAUCCACAUUUCAGUUAUUGAUUGACGAGUUGGCUCAAGAUUUGGCAGCACAUGAAGAUCUCAGCAAUCCAGCUGUCAAAUUACCGUGUUAUAGGAUUGUGCAACGUGUACAGCCAUCAUGCAUGAAAUCCAUGUUGCCCCACCGCACCGCUUUUCCCAUCCAAUACAGCCUAUUACGAAAGGCACCUCAUCUCAAAGUAUUACUUGGAGUGGAUUCAGUGGCAUGGUUAACCAACACACGAGAUCAACGUUUGGCAAUCCAAGUCCAAAUUCAAAACCAAGGCAACACCUUGGAGCCCCAUAUCGCCGAGGAGCAAUUUGAAAAGUAUCACGAUGAUCAAGAUUUUGAGCCUAGUUCAUUGGAACCACCUACUUUGAUCCGACAACGUUUUCUAGCAUUCAGACGUAUGAAUGAGGAGUGUGACGAGGAUAGCUGCCCCAUGUGGACGUUUGAUACGGCUGAUGAAUUCAAUUCUGAAGCCAAAGCGGAUGAUGCCUUGGCUGUACAAAUCCUGGUAGGGUUUGAUAACGCAUCCGCUACUACAGCUACCAAAAGUAAUAGUCGAAGCAGCAUGGAAGAUGAUGUCACGCCCUCAUGCGAUCAAGAGUUUUUCGACACAGCGACAUGUUUCAAGGUGGCUCCAUUAACACACGUGAGCGAAGGAUGGAUCGGAUUGGAAAUUGAACAAACGGUCUUUUGUAAUAAUGAUGAUCCAUCCUUGAUGCUAAGCGACAAUGAUGAGGAGGAGGACAGCGAUUCAGAUCAAGAAGAACAGCAACAUCAACGUCCACAACAACAACAACAACAACAUCCAUUGACGCAUUGGGGAUUUGAAAUGAUCCAGCGCGUGUUUGACAGCUUGAAUUCAGAUGGCAUUGUUGAUAUUCAUUCCGAUACUGCAUCUACGAUGGGUGGCCCAUCUCCUCAUCAGUCACCAGGGCUUUCCCCCAGUGAUAAGGAUUCUUUUCAAUACUCUUGUGACAUGACAAGCAACUCGCUUAGACAUUCUGAAAUGUCUCAGCCUCGUGCCAAGAUCCAUAAGCCCAGCACCAGUUUCCUCAUUGUCAACAAGCAUCCUGGUAGUAGUAGCCUUGAUGGUGGUAGAGGAGGUCUUCCAUCCUAUCUCGCACGUAUAUGGAACAUCAUAUUCGAAUACAUGGAUGAUACCAAGGCUGCCGAUGUUUCGAAAUUGUUGGCAGAUCCCAAAUCAGCUAGUACGGCAUAUCCCUUUUCAGCAAAGUUUGCAACGCUCUUGGGAAGAUCUCAACGGCACCAUCAAGAAAACGAUACGGCAGUGGAAGACCAACACCAUCCUCCUUCUUCUUUGCCCAUGGAUGAUGACAAUGAUGAUGAUGAAGAAGCAACAACGGCAAAUCGAGAACCAGCCAUUCUCAAGAUUUCUCAUUCGGGUCAAGCUCCAACAACAACAAUGCAUUAUCGUUCAUCGUUGGAUGAUCAGCAUGAAGUACACGAGAGCGAUGAUAAUAGUACAGAAUUGGAAGGUGAUGAGCAUCAUCGUCGAUAUUCAACCAGCGAUAGCAGUGAAGAUGAAGAUAAUGCACUUAAUAAUGUGCAGCAAGCUCUGGGCUAUUAUGCAUCAGACGCCUAUGUGGUGGCUGAUAAUCAUGUUGAUGAUCAAGACGAUGAUGAAGAAGAAGAACCGGCGGUUGAUCAAUACCAUGAGAGGUUGUUACCAGUAAUGGAUGAUGAUGAUGCUAAUGCUAUGUACACGUCGGACUUACCUUUGGAUGAUGAUGAUAAUGAUCCACCAGUGGAUGAUGAAGAACAAGAAAUUGCAAUUCAACAAGAUGUGCCAGUGAUGGAGGAGGAGGAUGAAUCUCGACCCUUGACCAACGAUCAUCAUGAUAGCGAUGAUGUGGGAGAUGCGAAAGAUGGGGAGGAGUUGCAUGAAGAAGACGUUGCCAAAGUAACCACGAGCAACAAGCCUGAUGGCAUGGAAACCGAUACCGAGUACUUUUCAGAUGCAGCACCCAUUAUGGAACCAGAAGAUGAAGGACCCACUGAAAUGAUACCUAAAGAAACAACCCAACCCAAUCCUGAUGAGGAGGAAUCACAGCCUGCUGAAGAAAAAGAAACCAAGCAUGAUGAUGUGCCAGCAGCAGCAGCAGCAGCCGAGGAACAUGAGGAGGAAGAAAAAGUAGAGCAAAAACCACUCGAUGUUCAAACGGGUGGCAAAAAGAAAAAGAAAGCGAAAAAAGGCAAAAAGCGUAAUGCAGUUUAA